AUGCCUUUGAGCCUGUUGCAGGACUGGUGUCGGGCGGGGUGGGGGGGGGGACAUCUGAACACCUGGAGGUCCAUACUCAUUCUGGGGAUUCCUGAGGCCUGUGGUGAGGAUGAGUUUGAGGACACUCUUCAGGACACUUUCAGGCACCUGGGCAGGUGUAGGGUCAUUGGCAGGAUAUUUAGGAGGGAGGAGAAUGACCAAGGGUUUCUCCUAGAGCUUAGCCAAGAUACCGACUAUGCUUUGAACCCCAGGGAAAUACCAGGAAAGGGAGGGCCCUAGAAAGUGGUUGCAAAACCUUGUAGCUCAGAUGGCGACUUUCUCAAUAGACUGAACCGCUUCUUAGAGGAGGAGAGGUGGACAAUGUCAGACAUGAACAGAGUCCUUGGAUCAGACACCAGUUGUCCUGCUCCGAGAGUGGCCAUGUCACCUGAUUUCUGGACCUGGGCCCAGGCCCCGGGGACAGCCGCACAGCCUCUGCUAGAACAAAGGUACCGAGAACUGAGAGUAUUUUCUGGGAACACCAUGUACAUCCCAGGGGUGAUGGUAUUUUAAGCCUGGUUCGAACACACCACUGAGGUGCUACAGGUGCCUGAAGGGGAGAAGAGGCGUUGGCUGAUGGAGUGCUUGCGGGGCCCUGCCCUCCAGGUGGUCAGUGGGCUCCAGGCCCACAAUGCUGCCCUAACUGUGGAGGAGUGCCUGGCAACACUGUGGCAGGCGUUUGGACCUGUGGAGAGCCGUAAAAUUGCCCAUGUGAAAUUUUGUAAGGCAUAUCAGGAGGCAGGUGAGAAAGUCUCUAUCUUUGUGUUACGUUUGGAACACCUGCUCCAGAGAGCUGAAGGAGAAAAAACACUCUUACGAAGGAAUGAAAAUCAGGGUGGGGCCACCCUUACUGACAAACUUCAAAACAGGCUGAUGAAACAACAAAGGAAGCCUCCUAGGUUCCUGGCACUGGUGAGGCUCCUGCAUGUGGAGGAGGACUGGGAGACCACUUUCAGGCCAGAGAGGCUGGAGUGGCCAGAAGCAGGCAUAAGUUCAUCUGCCAGAGCCAGCGGUUCCAGGGCAGUGUCCUUCCCUGUCCCUGGAUGUGCCCAGCAGGCCAGGCCUUCCCAAGGUUCCUGACGCAGAGGGGGCAGAGGCCACCACUGAAAGGAGGUUGUGCCAAGGGCCAGCACUCCAGGCUCAGGAAAACAGAAACACCACAUGUCCUGCAAUAGCCGUGGAGAAGACGGCCACAUGAGGGCACGGUGCAGCAACCCGGCAAGCCUGCUCUUGGCAAAGCAGGAGAGACAAACUGCCAUUCAGUCGGGAAAUGAGAGCUGGGUCUGGGACAAGACCCAUCCCAAGCUAAGGUGAAGUAGGCUCAGGAGAACAAGGCAAGGUUUCUUACUGUGGGCCCAGGAGACAAAAUAGUUAUUGGAAGAAGGGGAAGGGGCAGUCCACACAAACAGCAUGGGGCUUGAGCGAGGCAGAGGGGCAGGGAAGCCAAGCCCAGGUCAAGCCUCCUUGUCCUCUGCCAGCUGAAAGGGACUCCAUCAACCAAGCCACAAGCAGCUCAGUGAAGGCCAAGCACGGGGCUCUGAGGAGGUGCUGGUGACCCAAACAGGGGGCCACCAUAUUUAGCACACGGGCUGCCCGAGCCUUAGAGACCCCAACGCAGCAGACGCUGAAAGGGUGUGGCCAGGUGUGUGAUUUGAUAAAGCCGCCCAUGAAACUCGACAUAUCAAAUUAGCCUAA